AAAUUUAUUAAUAUUAUAAUUUAUCAACCACCACCAACAACAGAACAACACUGAAUUUUGCAGCAACGUUGAAUAAGUUUCAUUCACAAUCGAAAUGAUAUCUUUUAAGUUCUUGCUAUGCACUGUGGUCCUGAUUAUGGCAGCAGUGACCGUAACCAUUGGAGCCGACGACACAGCUGCCGCCGCAGACAUCACAGCGGCAGAACCAUCGGUGUACUCUCCGGCCUAUCUACCACCGAAACACAACCCGUAUGAUGGCGCCGUGACCAGCACUUCGACCAAUAUCAUUCGAACGCCGGGCAACUUCGGGCAAGUGGCCGCGUUCCACAAGACGGUCGAGACGCCGUUCUCGUUAGCACACAAGGCCGACGUGCGUUUCACCAACGACGUGGUACAACCGUAUCAGCCCUCGGGCCCUUACCCGUACGCCGCGAGCCCUUAUCCGUACGCCGUUGGCCCCUAUCCGUACGGUGCGGGCCCUUAUCCGUACGCCACUGGUCCAGCGAACGCGGCCAGUCCAUACCCGUACACGACAAGUGACCCGUAUAAAGCGUACGGCUACGGCCUGUCCGCCGCUCCGGUCGCAGUACCUUACGGGUACAACCCGAUCGCCGUGCCGCAGGCCACAGGGCCCUACGGAUACGGCUCGACUGCCGGCGCACCAGUGACUUCGCACGCAGUCGUGACGCCACACUCCGUCGCUCAUACCAGUUUUUCUGGACCAUACGGAUCCCACUACUCGUACAAACGAUAACCGUGUAUAGCACCUGUACGUACAUAUGUAAACAUUAAUUUAGUUAUUUGUUAUUUACAUUGAAUUUAUAUAUAAUACAAAAAUUAUUGGAAAAAAGUA